UUUGCCAGCCAUGAAUUCGCCACAUUUGCACAAGAGUAUGGAUUUCAACAUACUACAUCAAGUCCCCAUUUUCCACAAUCCAAUGGGUUAGCCGAAAGAUAUGUACAAACAGCCAAGAACCUCUUAAAGAAAGCAAAGCAAGCAGGCACUGACCCCUAUCUUGCCCUGUUAGCAUAUCGCAACACCCCAGUUAAUGAAAAAUUGGGAUCCCCAACCCAGAGAUUAUUUGGUAGAAGAACAAAAACCACCUUACCCACUUCGACCACACUAUUAGAACCAAAGAUAAUUGAACCCAAAAUAGUCAAAGAAACCCUCCAUAAGAACAAAGAAAAACAAAAACAGUACUUUGACCAUCACACUAAAGAGCUUUCAGUCCUUCAACCAGGUGAUAAUGUUCGGUAUGAGACCAACACUGGACUAAAAGCAGCAGUAGUGAUUGAAAAGAGAAAAGAGCCCAGAUCGUACAUGAUCCGUACAUCUAAUGGCUUCGUACUGCGAAGAAACCGGAAACAUCUAUAUGAAUCUACUGGCAUGAACAGAUUGGAGAACUGUGAUCUAGAUGAUGAUAACAUCACCGAGUACCAACCUCCACACCAAAUACCAAUUGCCGUGGGUAGGCAGCAAAAUGGGUUAGAACCUGGACAAGCACCACAAACACCACAAUUGUACACAACUCGAAGCGGUCGUGCUAGUCGUAAACCAGAAAGAUUUCAAGCCAAUUAA